AUGGAUUCCGCCGCUGCCGUGCUGGGGCGACGGCUACUGGAUGAAGUUCAUGAGGAGGGCUUAGAUGAACUCCUGCAUGAUCUGCGAACUCAGCAUUUGUCCCCUAAUGACAAUGGGACGAACCAUCCUGUCCUUGGUGUUAAGUACAUAGAUGACCUACUGGAUAUCUUCUUGAACAGAGGCUCAGCACCAUGUCAGGGUCCGUCUACCGCUGACCACAGCAGCUCCGAGUCUCCAACGGUCCCUAGACUCUCUUCUAGUCGUAGUCAACAGUACAAACUGCCCGUUCUUGAGAUUUCAAGCCCUAAUUCCGGAGGCGGUAAAUCGCAGCUUGUUUACUACCUAGCUGCCGUAUCCGUUCUCCCAUCCACCUUCAAAGGCAGGACAACGGGAGGCCGAGAUGGGGCCGUUGUAUUGCUGGACACGGAUGGAAAACUUGAGGUCAAAAGAUUGUAUCAAAUUGCCGAAGGCGUCGUUUGGAAUAACCUCAGGGCCAAUUUGAAGGUCACCGAGGAGACUACCACGGAAAGGGUCUUAAGCGAACAGGAUAUCAAGUCUCUUCUCCACGACUCGCUACAGCACGUCCACAUUUUCCGGCCACAGACAUCACUCUCCUUACUAGCUACACUAAAGACACUCGGCAAAUACCUUCUUGAUGUGACCCGACAUCAUUCAGCUACACGGCCGCUUCACGCGAUCCUGCUCGACAGCGCCAGCGCUUUUUACUGGCAGGAUCGUAUGCGAGACGAAGUCGCACGCACUGAAGAAAUCGGGCGUAGCGCCGCAGACAUUACGCAUGACCGUGAGCAGCGAAAGAAAUUCCAUAUGAGCGUUCUUUACCGCGAGCUGGUCGUAGAGCUUCGGCGCAUUCAGUCAAUCUUCGACUGCUCGAUAAUAUACACAACGUGGGGUCUUUUCCGUGCACCAUCUGAUAGAAAUGUGGCGUAUGCACAUUUAUGGGCUGGCCCGCCAUCUUUUAAACCUCAUCUUCCAUCUCCAUGGGGCACAUUUCCUACCCUACGACUCGUCGUCCAGCGGGACGCGGUUCGAUCCUACCCGGUUACAGCUACGCUGAAAGAAAUGGAGCGGGAUGCGCCUAUUCGUCAAGGUGUUGUUCGACAGGGAAAGUUUUCGGCUUGGAUAGACACAUGGGGAAAGGAUGACUGGCCGCCAGCUGUCCUAAGUGCAUUAAGGAAUAUGCCUGAGAAUGGAGGAUUUCCGUUCUGGAUAAGAGCAGAUGGUGUGUUCAUGGAUGAUUUGAUGGCUGAUGUUAUAUGA